GCUCUCCCCUUUGGUAAAGAGUACCAGCUAUACUGUAGUACCAAGUACCAACCGAAGGAAACAGAGCGAACGAGAGAGAGAGAGAGAGAGAGAGAGAGAGAGAGAGAGAGGGAGAGAGAGAGAGAGAGAGGGAGAGGUGUUUUGGUUCGCUGGCGGCGGAGAAGACGAUGACCGGAGAAGGAGGUUACGGCGGCGCGUCGGGGAAGGUGGAUUACGUGUUCAAGGUUGUCCUGAUCGGCGACUCCGCGGUCGGGAAGUCUCAGCUACUCGCUCGGUUCGCCAGGGACGAGUUCAGCAUGGAUUCGAAGGCCACCAUUGGAGUCGAGUUCCAGACUCGUACGCUCGUCAUUGACCACAAGAGCGUCAAGGCUCAGAUCUGGGACACCGCCGGUCAGGAACGAUACAGAGCGGUUACAAGCGCGUACUACAGAGGUGCAGUAGGGGCAAUGCUGGUAUACGACAUAACGAAACGCGAAACCUUUGAGCACAUCCCGAGAUGGCUGGAAGAACUGCGAGCUCACGCUGACAAGAACAUCGUCAUCAUCCUGGUCGGGAACAAGACAGAUCUCGAAGAUCAGAGAUCUGUUCCCACGGAAGACGCCAGAGAAUUCGCGGAGAAGGAAAGACUGUUUUUCCUCGAGACGUCGGCCUUAAACGCGACUAACGUCGAGAAGGCCUUCAACACUCUCUUGACCGAGAUCUUCAACACGGUGAACAAGAAGAAUCUCGCGUCCGAAGGCGAUUCAAAUAUCCCGGGAUCGCUGGCCGGCAAGAAGAUCGUUAUUCCGGGACCUGCCCAGGAGAUUCCUACCAAGAACAGCGUGUGUUGCAAGUCUUCUUGAUUUGUUUGCAGGUAAAAAAAAAAUAUUCCAUCUGAUAAUAUAACAUCAUUGGAUUUUGUGAGGCAAAAUAGCUUUCAAUUCAAUCAAUGGCAUUGUCUUUUUUCGUUUUUA